AUCAGGAAUAUCCAGAUCAUCACUUGCGUGACAUUUUCCCUAUUUGCUGUUAGUCUGCAGUCCCUCCCCCUCGCCCUUGCUCAUCGUUCACCCUAUCUGCGUAGGUGCAGGUUUGUAGCAUGUGCGGCCAGCAGAAGCGGAGUAGUCGUAGUACGAUCUCGUUCAACCUCCUUACAUAUAUAUAGUCGCAUUGUCCACCCGCCUCCUCCUCGUUGAAGUUCCCCCUGAAGUUUCUCGUGGAGUCAAGUGUUAUUUGAGCGGUUCCCUCCGAGAGUCGAUUGUCGUUCGCUUUCAAUUGACCUCCUUUCUCGUCCUGCAUUGUUCAUUCGCUAUCAACAUGCAGACCACAUUCGCUCUCGCUGCUCUAGCAGCCCUGGCCUAUGCCGCCCCUCAAGCAGUGACCUCGAAUAUCACGCCGACCGCUCCUGCUCCCUCUGGGUGUGCUACUAGCUACGCAGGCACCUUCCAGAUCACCGCUGUCAACAGCACUGUGAUGAAGCGAGAUCUGUCCAAGCGUGCCUGCGGAGACCCAGGAAGUCUUGUUAUCACUCUUGGAAAUGGCCAAUUGCACGAUGCACAAGGACGUACUGGCUACAUUGCUUCCAACUACCAGUUCCAAUUCGAUGGCCCCCCUCAAGCAGGUGCCAUCUAUACGGGAGGCUAUUCAGUCUGCAGCAAUGGAUCUCUCGCUCUUGGAGGCUCAGCCAUCUUCUACGAAUGCUUGAGCGGUAGCUUCUACAACUUGUAUGACAGACAUUGGGCAGAUCAAUGCGAACCAAUCCUCAUCGAUAUCCUACCUUGCGGUUCUGCUGCUGCCGACCCAGUGGGUCAGUCGUCAGAUGGUCAGCCAACCGGUACGGGUAUCGCCACUGUCUCUCAGAUCUCAGACGGUCAGCCCCAAGCUCCCUCAGCCAUGCCAGUGACCGAGAUCACGGACGGUCAGCCACAGGCACCCACAGCAACUGCUCCACCUAUCACUGAGAUUUCAGAUGGUCAGCCACAAGCUCCCACGGCUACUGCUUCAGCGAUCUCCGAGAUCUCAGACGGCCAGCCUCAAGCUCCCACGGCUACUGCUCCAGCGAUCUCUGAGAUCUCAGACGGCCAGCCUCAAGCUCCUACAGCUACCGCCCCAGCAAUCUCUGAGAUCUCAGAUGGACAACCACAAGCUCCUACAGCUACCGCUCCAGCAAUUUCUGAGAUUUCAGAUGGUCAACCACAAGCACCUACAGCGACAGCAACUGCUCCAGCCAUUUCCGAAAUCUCUGAUGGUCAACCUCAAGCACCUACAGCAACUGUGACUGCAACGCCCAUCUCCCAGAUCUCAGAUGGUCAGCCACAAGCCCCAACGGCAGCCAUCCACGCUGGCAAUGCCACAAUGUCCGCAGCCACCGCCAGCAGUGCCAUUUUGAGCAUGAAUAAUUUUGGAACUUAUGAAGGAUGGACUUAAUUUUGGGUUGGAUUGGAAUGGAUUCACGUAUAGGAGCCCCGACCUCCUGGAUAUCCUAAUGAUCGGAGCAUAAAAUGUUGAUAAAAAUCUAUCUUCUGUACAUACUACUUACUGAAAAGAUACCAAUAUCAUCAAUUCUAUUCUACAAUUCCGCGGUUUGAAUGCGAAGAUCCAAAACCCCUCCAUCAACUGCCUCCCCAUCUAUCUGUUUAUUGAUCGAAUAAAGGAAGAGACCGAAAAUCCUCCCGGGAACCGACCGGGCAACUCAAAUUCCCUCUC